AUGAGCCUUACACGUUCGCUUAUCUCGUCGAGGCCCUCCGAUUCGGGUCUCCAUAUUCAACUUCACCCACUGGUCCUCCUCACAAUCUCCGAUCAGAUUACCCGCCAUGCAGCACGACAACAACAGGGUCUGCUCAUCGGAGCUCUUCUCGGUCAACACAAUGGACAAGAGAUCUCUAUUGAGCAUGUUUUCGAAUGUCCGGUCACCAUGGGGGAGAAUGGAGCGGCCAUUCUCCCUUCCUCAUGGUUCGAGGAGCGGCUGAAGCAGUUCAAAGAUGUUCACAAAGAUCCUGCGCUCGAGCUGGUGGGAUGGUGGUCAACGACGAGCUCCUCCGGACCUGACCACUCCUUGCUGCCCAUUCACCGACAGAUCCUCCAGAAUUACAAUGACUCGGCUAUCUUCCUCGCUUUCCACCCCUCAGAGAUUCAGUCGAAUACACAUUCUACAAAACUGCCCUUGACGGUCUAUGAGACCGUACUGGAGGGGGAUAAUGUACCUGAUGCAGCAAAGGAUAUGCAAGUGGAUGGAGAGGAGUUCGGCCCCAACAUCCGAUUCCGCGAGCUACCAUAUUCUGUGGAGACUGAGGAGGCUGAGAUGAUCGGUGUGGACACUAUUGCUCAGACUGCAGGCACUGCCUCUCGAAGCGAAAUGCCCAGUGAUGUUGGAAAUUCGAGUGCUAGUAAUAAUGCCCCGACAGACGAGACUAAGAAAAGCUCUCAGGCCGAGUUAACGCAAGAAGAAGAGGAACUGGUCGCAAGCCUUCAAACGCGUCUCAACGCGGUUCGCACACUCGAAUCGCGCAUCUCCCUCAUCAAGUCCUACAUCUCCAGCGUUUCCGUCGUCGAUUCUACCACAAUAGCAGGAACCGACUCAAACAGCCCAAAACUCUCACAUCCUCUCCUCCGCAACAUCAACUCCCUUAUCUCACAUCUCUCGAUUCUCUCCCCCAGCGAUCAAAGCAAUUUCUCCACCGAGAUUCUUUCCCAAAACAACGACGUGAAGCUGGUCUCCUUGCUCGGUGAGCUGGGCGAGAGUGUUCGAGCCAUGCGUGAACUCGGUCGUAAGUCAGCGACUGUGCAAACGGGGCGUCAACUUGGCAAUUCACGCAAGCAACCAAAUGAUGCGGCCUCGAGGAGUUUCGAAGAUGAAUUCCUUGCUCGCGGGCCCCGGCAGGGCGGAGAGCGCGGGACUAUGUACUCUUAG